CAGCUUUUGUAUAGACUCGCAAUUUAAAAACAUGAUAGUAACGGUUUCACUGGGUAUCAACUGGAAAUGAAGACAUUAUGUCUUCGUUUCAACAUGGCCGGACUUCCGGAAGCAGAAUUUGGCGAUACACAGUAGGUCUGGCGGUAGGCAUUUUCAAACGAAAUUUCAUUUCCGGUCCACUGGAGAAACUAUACCUUUGCAAAGGAGGUGGGCAAGAUAAUAAAGAAGCAGUGACAAGCGUCUGUUAAGGAAAAAAUAAAAUGAUGGGGGAUUCGAUAAAAGAUAUUGAAAGGAUUAAAAUCAACAAACACGAUGAGAAUGGGUCGACUCAUUUGAUUCAAGCAGUUAGACUCAAUGGCGAACAUUUAAAAAUUCUUUCUGAGAAAGAUUGGGAACAAAAAUUAAACAAUACCAGAGAUCUUCUAAAAAGGGGAGCUAAUGUAAAAGUUACGAAUACAAAUGGUGUUCCUCCACUAGAUAUUUUUCUAAAAGAUUCUUAUGUUUACGUCGUUGAUGUACUCAAUUCAGAUGUACUCAAUCCAGGUGAUGUUGGAACACUUGAACAUUUUAUUUAUGGUUGGAUAAACAUUAUUAAACUUUUGAAACACCAUGGUGCAGACAUGAAUCCAUUAGCCGAUGGUGAAACUCCUUUAAUGUUUUUCUUAAAAAAGCUCAAAAGCAACAAUCAUAACAGAGCGAUCAUAUCCUGUCUUUCUCAGAUGAUAAAAGUUCUGAUUGAUAACGGCGCUAUCGAUGACAGAAGAAUCCCCCUAGAAUACGCUUUAUGUGUAUUUAAUAAAAGUAAGGAUACACGGAAGACAGGUUAUUUUAUAAAGAGCUUAAAAGAGGUGAUUAAUUAUUUUGUUGAUCACAUGGCUACGUAUCGCAGAGCGACUAAUAAGGAGGUAAUCAAUGGCUUAAGAUUGACGGGGGAGUGGAGUAAUUUUCAACUUUCAAGUGCUACAAUUGAACAGGAGUUUGGAUCAGUAUCUCAAGAUACGUUACCCCAAAAGUACGAAGUUGAUCUGUCGGAAAAAUUAUUCGUAGAAAUUUCUUCUGAGCUUAUCGACGAAGUCCAAAAACUUGGCAUAAAAUUAAACUUAAAGCAUGGUGAAGUGGAAAGUAUAAAAACAGAUAAUUCACGCAAUUCAAAAGAUUGGGCAUACCAUGUAUUGAAAAAGUGGUUGCAGAAAGACUUCGACAACAAACAAAAUCACAACAUUUUGAUUGGUGUGAUGGAGGACAUCGAUCGACACGACAUAGCUAAAAUUGUUAAGGAUUUUGGUCAUGGUGUGCUAAGGAAAGAUAACAGGGGAAAGGGUUCCAAUUCACUUGAGCAAUCCCCGAGUGGCCAUCAAAGUGCAAAUUAUUCACUUUCUGACAGUGGGUUUCAAGAAGACGCUAACUGCUCGAAAGUCUUUCAGAACAUUGAUGCCACUCCAACAUGUUCUGCUGACAAGCGGAGGGUCUCCCCUCGCAAAUUGAUUUGCCAAUUUGCAUUGGAUUUAUUAUCAAAUGCUGGUCAUCAUGAAAGUGAAAUAAAAGUUAAUGUGGAGCAUUUUGAGGAAAAUCACAGUGCCCAGGAAACUGUGAAAAAACGGAAAGCAAAUACUCAAACUAAAAUAGACAUGCAUCUCAAACAGAAGAAAUUACUUAAUUAGUGUAUGAUCCAGCAAAGCAUACCACCUAUUGGUUAUUAUGCCACUCUUAGUUGCAGAGCAUUUGGAAUAUAACAAUUAUUUAGAGGACCCCUUGGCGGGAAAUUGUUUUCUUUUAUCUAGAUCAAGGUCAAAAUCUAGGUCAAAAUUUUUUUCUACUUUCUCAAAAAUGGUCAACAAAUAUUCAAUAUUUAAUGCCAAAAUUUGGAAUAACUAUUGAUGAGAUUAUUCUUAUAGUGUGAGUCGAAAAAUUUAACAGAAAUUGUUUCCCAGUUUUGAGAUAUUUGGAAAAACUUUCAAUUUCAAUUUGCCUCAAAUCGACUCAAUUUUUUAAAAACAUUUACAAGUUACCAGAAGUUCAAAUCAAAUGGGUCUUUCACGUGUGUGUGUGUUCGGGUUGGUUGAAGCUGAAAAAUGGAAUUUCAUAUUUUCACUGUUUUGUCAUUUAGGGCCUCCGUAAAACACCAAAUUCAGACGUAAUCAAAAUGCCUGGAAAGCAGAUUUCCCGAGCGUUUCAAAACUGAAAUGGGUUGAAAAAGUUAAAGGCCAUCCAAAAAUCAGUUGCGGAAGGUAGAACGACCGAUACGCUACUCAGAUCAGUGCCAAAAUCUCUAUAUUGACGUCUA